GUCCACCGGGGCUGAACACCCUUAAUGAAUAACGGUAUCUAUGAAGACAUGACUUGCUGCACUACCCACUGCACGUUACUUUUCUUAUACUUUCCAUUCAGUUUCUCUCAGACUUUGUCUGUCACAAAACUCAACCACAAAGCCCCAGUUUGCAGGUAGAAUCCUGCCCCGUACGCCCGACAUUGCUCGUAAACCAUUGUUACAUGACACCGGGCAGCAACGCUCAGUCUCCCAACCCAACCGCGUUGUCUCAUAUGAUCGCAUGCACCUCUUGAUUGGCCAGCAGCGAGCACUUGAACGUGGUCGCCGCUCGUUGACGAUUGCUGGUGGAAGCACUGCAGCUGUCCUUUCCAGAGCCCUACACAUCUCAUUGGCCGGGUUUGAACCUAGUCCUUACAGUUUACCUGUCCAAGACAGUCAAACUAGGCAGGAUGGAAGGCAAGGCAGCAGGCCAUGAGGCUGAGGGCAAGGGCAAGGGCAAGGGCAAGGAUGCCGAGCCCAACCCGGAGCCAACUCCGGCCCAUGGCGCUGCAGGAACGCCGGCCUCGGGGACGUCGCUGCCUCGGAUGGCACAGUCGGCCGCAUCUUUCCUCCUGUCAGGACCACCAGGAGCUGCGUUGAUUGGGGUAAGCGAGAAGGGGGAGUCGUCAGGCGCCGUCGAGGCGCUGGCGAGGGCAGGCGAGAGCUCUGUCCGACUGAGGCCCAACGUUGCAAGCGGCGAAACCAUGAGGAUGGGCCAGACGCAGGAACACAUUGCGCGCGAAGAGGCUUCCUUUGCCGCCUUUCUCGACAGUGGAUGCGCCCCGAGCCUGUCGGAGUCACACAGCUUCGAAACUCUUUGGCAGUCCCUCGGACCUCGCCCACACGCCGUCUCGUCGAUCACGAACGCUAAGGAGCCAGCCUCGCACUCGGUCGCAGAGCAAGAGGCAAAAGACGGCGCCGACGUCGUCGUCUUACUCUCUAGUGACGCCGACCUCAACCAAGUGUUCGAACAUGUCACCGACCAUCCUUCACAGGACGAGUUGGCAGGCUUGCGCAAGGCGCUGUUCGGCGGGGAGACAGACGAGGGCACGUCGAUCGUGUGGGACAGCGUGCUCAACUUCAUUCCGGGAUAUCUCCGAGCGCAGACGGCACCCGAGAACAGACAGAGGAAUGACCUUUCCAUGCACCUAGGGGUGUCGGAUGUUGGAGACGCUUGGAAGCCUUGGAUCGACCAGUGGAAUCGGGUUCUCACGAGCUACCAGGACGAGGUUUGGGGAGAUCUCAGCGCUCUCGUCGACGAGGCUCUCACCGAAAUCAAACGGAUCGAAGCGACGGAACCGGGCCAGAGACCCCCUGAGCCGAACGCGCUUCUGCGGUUACAAGCCAUCCUCGGGCACUUGCGAGGUGCUUGAUAACAUGGGCCACUUCGAGGUCACCACGCCACCAUGCCCUUCGUCAAGGCCAAAUCUCAACAGCGACGGCUCAGAAGCAAUGGCUUGUCCAUGACCUCUGGCAGUAACAUCUGAUA